UUCAAUAUCAUCUCGUCUUUGAUAAGUUCCUUGUACCGGCUCCGAAUUACCGCACUCUCCUCCCCAACUCUCCCCCUCUCGCUUGCUAUACACGAGCUGUUUGCAGGCCGCCAUAUCCGUUUCACCGAUGCCUUACAAGUUGUCCGCAACCCUCACGGGGCAUACCGCUGAUGUUCGCGCAGUGGCCUCGCCGACCGACGAGCUAGUCCUGUCAGCUUCGCGCGACACCACCGCCAUUGCAUGGAACAGGUCGGCGGAUAAAUCCAGCUUCACCCAGACAGCAGUGCUGCACGGCGGCUCUCGCUACCUCAACGCCGUGACAUAUCUCCCACCUACGCCUGAUGCCCCUUCGGGGUAUGCAGUGACGGGUGGGCAGGACAUGGUCAUCAACGUAUUUUCACUGGCGGGUACUAAGGGCGAGCCAAAUUUCUCCUUGAUCGGCCACACGGAUAAUGUAUGCGCGUUGGACGCUGCCACCGACGGGACGAUCAUCUCGGGGUCAUGGGACAGGACGGCGAAGGUCUGGAAGGACUUUCAACUGGCCUACGAUCUCAUCGGUCAUCAACAAUCUGUUUGGGCCGUGCUGGCCAUCGACGGUCGUCAGUUCCUCACCGGCUCUGCCGACAACACGAUCAAGCUGUGGAAUCAGCACAAAAACGUACGCACGUAUCCCGGUCAUACGCAGGCUGUUCGCGGACUUGCUUUGAUCACCGACAUUGGAUUCGCUUCAUGUUCGAAUGACAGUGAGAUCCGUAUCUGGACGAUGGAAGGAGAUGUUGUUCACACACUCUCGGGACAUACUUCCUUCAUAUACAGCAUCUCUGUGUUGCCCAACGGAGACAUAGUGUCCGGUGGCGAGGAUCGGACCGUGCGCAUCUGGAGAGAUGGCGAAUGCGUGCAGACAAUUGUACAUCCUGCCAUCUCUGUUUGGUCCGUUUCGACGAUGCCGAACGGCGACAUCGUCACUGGCUGCAGUGAUGGCGUCGUUCGCAUCUUCACUGCAGAAGAGUCGCGGUACCUCCCUGCGGAACUGCUUAAAGCAUAUGAUGAGCAGGUUGCGAAUCAGGCGCUGCCAGCACAACAGGUCGGAGACGUGAAGAAGUCAGAUCUGCCAGGAUUGGAGGCAUUAUCUCAGCCAGGGAAGAAACCCGGCGAAGUGAAGAUGAUCAAACACGGGGACAACGUAGAGGCUCAUCAGUGGGACAGCGCUACAUCCAGCUGGCAAAAGAUCGGAGAUGUCGUAGAUGCCGUGGGAGCUGGACGAAAACAGCUUUACGAAGGCAAGGAAUAUGACUAUGUGUUCGAUGUCGAUGUACAAGAAGGCAUGCCGCCCCUCAAGCUGCCAUAUAACGCCAACGAGAACCCUUACAAUGCUGCGCAACGUUUCCUCCAGAAUCACGAUCUACCGCUGUCGUACCUAGACGAGGUUGUGCGGUUCAUCGAGAAGAACACCGCUGGUGUCAGCGUGGGCUCUGGCAAUAACCAACUUGUGGACCCAUUCACUGGUGCCUCAAGAUAUCAACCCAUGCAGAGUUCUGUGGCGCGAGGGACCACCGAGUUCAUGGAUCCCUUCACAGGCGCAUCGAGAUAUCGAGCGCAGCCUACAUCCAUCCCCUCGUCACCACCGAGGUCGCAAGGUGAUUUUCGGACUGGGUCAUCACAAUUCUCAGGAUCGUCAUCCCCUCCGACGAGCUCGUUAAAUCCUCCUCCAGGGAAAGCAAAAGUGGUUCCUGUACGCGACCCUCUGUCCUUCCGUCAAGCCAAUGUAUCUGCGAUGCAGACGAAGUUGCAGCAGCUUGAUCAGGCACUCAGAAACGAGAUCUCAACAUCAUCGUUAUCGAUGUAUCCACAAGAGUCGAGCCUUGUCAGCGAGGCAUUCACUUACCUCUCUCAGGUUAUCUCACACCUGGCGCACUGGACAAAUCCACCUGCGACGUCUAACCCCUUGAAGGCGGAGCACCUCGAUGCCAUCAUCGCGCUGCUAGAUCGCUGGCCAAGGGAGGCACUCUUCCCAAUAAUGGAUCUUGCUCGUCUCCUAAUUGCCUUCUGCCCGGACUAUUCGCGAGACAUCGCGUUGAAGCAGCGGUACUAUGCCGCGAUGUUCAAUGCAUCUACAUGGAAAGAACCUUGGGAGACGCCACUUCCGCGAACACGGGAGACGAACAUGCUGUUCCUGCUACGAUCACUUGCGAAUACUUUCCAGGAGACAGUGGAAAAUGACGUGGCAUGGACGGAGCAGGUAUUGCAAGAGCUCAGUGCUGUCUCGUACAACGCCAUGUCGAAGGCGCAGCGUAUCGCAUUUAACACAAUAUUUUUGAACAUUAGUUGCAUCGGUCUGCGGGAACAGUUAGAUCCCGAAAUCCGUGCGAUACUGUUCAAAUCAAUUCUGCAGGCUAUACAAAACGAGAGGACAGACUCCGAGGCCGCAUAUCGCGCAUUGGUAGCGUUAGGCAACAUUCUAUGCGAAGCCAAGCAGAAAGGGCGAUCUCCCGAUGCUUCGCAAGCAAAGGCAAUCAAGCAAUAUCUCGCAGCCCUUCCUGCCGCCUUCCCAGAGGAUCGCAUCGAGGAUGUUUCAAAGGAGGUCAUUGAACUACUUUAAUGCCAUGCGGAAAGCGGGCAAUGUGCUGUUUGGUCUCUCUCCCCCUUGGGAUGCAGAUUCGUGCCUUCAUCGCCACAGCGCUCGUCCAUCCACUGCGUUCGUGGUCUCAUGAUGCCCGACUCCUCUGUUCUGUUUAUCGAUUAGAUUCCGGUAUCCGACCUCCAGCUUACUGUACGUCCUUAAGUGGACUGUGUUCUGUCUCCAGCUUGUAGCACUUUCUCUGUCUCGUUCCGAUCUUAUCAUAUGUAGAAGCGAUGGAGGGCAACGGAUAUCAACUUCGGUACUGCA